GUUGCUUCUCUCCUUGAUGCCUUUGCAUCGGUCGUUUCUUCUCCUGCCUUCUGGGGCUUUCUGGAAUAAUUGGACCCCCUGUCUAUGGAUCAAAGGUGCCAGCGGCGCGGGGAAUCCCCCCUUGAAGAUCCAGCGGGCUGAGCGCGCUUCUUUUUCCCCCCGGGCGGAAAUCUGCAAGCGAUUCCCUCGCUGGCCGCCGAGCGCUCUCCAGGGCUCAAGGUCCGGCUCCCCUCCCGCAGAAUCCCUCGGGAUCCCUGGGGAUCCUUCCCGAUCGGGGCGCCAGGCUGAAGGGGCGGGCCAGAAGGGAGGAGAGAAGCAAGCGACGCCGGGGAUCGCCCGAUCGCGGACCGGCAGAGCCGAGCCGAGACGGCGGAGAAGCGAAGCGGAGCGGCGCCUCCUCCUCCUCCUCUCCAGCGGGCAAGGCGGAGCGGCCGGGCAGCGCUCGCGGGAGCCUCCGGGGGAGUCGCCCCGCUCCUUGCCGGCACCUGCCCGGGAUGGCGGCGGGGCUCCGGCGGCUGCUGCUGCUGCUGCUGCUGUUGCUGCUGCUGGUGGCGGAGGCGCCGCUGGGGCUGCGGGCGAGCUCCGACUCCGAGCCGCCCUUCGAGGCUCUGUACGCGGCCGGGCUGGAGGCGCACUGGCGGGCGGACUUCGCGGAGGCGGCGCGCGGGCUGGAGCGGGCGCUGAGCGCCGAGCGGCGGCUGCGGGAGAAGCGAGCGGGCUGCGGGCUGCGCUGCCGCCGGGAAGAGCCGCUGGAGCCCGGCCGGGACCCGCUGCCUUUGGCCGGCGCCCUCCUCCGCCGCGCCCGCUGCCUCCGCGCCUGCCUGGGCCCCGCCGCCGCCGCCUCCGCCUCCGCCGCCGGCCAGGAGGUGCGCGCGGACUUCCAGCGCCGCCUGCCCUACAGCUACCUGCAGCGCGCCUACAUCCAGCUGAAUGAGUUGGACAAGGCGGCCGAUGCUGCCCACACCUUCUUUGCGGCCAACCCAGAACACCUGGAGAUACAGCAGGACCUGGACAAUUACAAGACCCUGUCAGGGAAGGAGAACCUGGUAGACCGAGAGGCUCAGCCGCACAUGGAGAACUACCUGUCCGGCAUCCGCCAUUACGACCGAGAGGAAUACGAUUUGGCCAUUGGCCUCCUGGAACAGGCCCUGAAGGAUUACGCGGCUGCUGACGCCGAGUGCCGGAUCCUGUGCGAAGGUCCCCAGAGAUUUGAGGAAUACGAGUACCUGGAUUAUAAGGCUGUUCUCUAUGAGGCCAUCGCAGAUCACUCCAUGCAAGUCCUGCUGUGUCAACACGAGUGCGUGCGACAACUCGCCACAAGGCCUGGGCGACUCUCACCCAUUGACAACUUCCUGCCCUUGCAUUACGACUUCUUGCAGUUUGCCUACUUCAGAGUGGGCGAUUACGUCCAAGCGUUGGAGUGCACCAGGACGUAUCUCCUCUUCCAUCCAGACGAUGAAGAUGUCCUGGAGAACGAGGAUUAUUACAAGAGCCUCUUAGAAGGAUCUUUUGACCUGGAAGCCGUCAAACCCAGAGAGGAAGCUGUGACCUUCCUCCGGAGACACAGGUUGGAGGCCGAUUUGCUGGAGGCCGGAGCCAACAUCCUAGGCUUCUUGUACACAGAACCGGACUACUGGAACGCCGCUGGGACUCGGCAGGAGACCCAAAGGGAUCCUUCCGGGCUGCAGGACCACCAAGCCAAUGAGCCUGGGGAUGCCCUUCCUGAACAGGAUUUGUCCAAAAUGGGGCACCCCCCACGGGAAGGCCCCCUUCUGUUCAACGAAGUCCAGUUUGUCUACAAUUCCCAGCAGCUGAACGGGACACAGCGAGUCCUCCUGGACAAUGUCAUCUCACCAAGCGAGUGCCAGGAGCUAGAGCACAUCGCCAACAACAUCCUCCUGGCUGGGGAUGGGUACCGGGGGAAGACCUCUCCUCACACCCCUAAUGAGAAGUUCGAAGGAGCCACCAUCCUCAACGCUCUGAAGUUUGGCUACGAGGGGCGGAUCCCUUUGAAAAGUGCCCGCCUCUUCUAUGAUGUCAGUGAGAAAGCCCGGAAGAUAGUGGAAUCCUACUUCAUGCUGAAUUCCACCCUCUAUUUCUCUUACACACACCUGGUGUGCCGCACGGCCCUGUCAGGUCAACAGGAACGGAGGAAUGAUCUCAGCCAUCCGAUCCACGCGGACAAUUGUCUCUUGGACCCUGAGGCCAACGAGUGUUGGAAGGAGCCGCCAGCUUACACCUUCCGAGACUACAGUGCUCUCCUCUACAUGAACAGCGACUUUGAAGGCGGGGAGUUUAUUUUCACAGAAAUGGAUGCCAAGACGGUCACGGCCUCCAUCCAGCCCAAAUGCGGGCGAAUGGUCAGCUUCUCCUCUGGCGGAGAGAACCCCCACGGGGUCAAGGCCGUCACCAGAGGCCAGCGGUGUGCCGUCGCUCUGUGGUUCACCCUCAACCCGCUUUACCGGGAACUGGAGCGAAUCCAUGCCGACGAGAUCAUCGCCUUGUUAGACCACCAACGCUUCGGUCCCACCGAUCUGGGCAUCAACCCUAAGGAUGAGCUAUGAACCAAGCCAAGGACUCUCUGCCCCAAAUAUUUAUUUAAUAAUAUUGGUUGUAAAUCUUAUGAGAACCCUUUUUAUUUUUGUACAGAGCCUUGGUAAUAAUUUAAAGACGGGGUGAAACAGGGAAGUGGGGACCUUCUGGGUUUACCUCCUCCGUCUCCUCCUCCAUGAAGUUCUCCAGAUGUUUCUGCAGCUUGCUAAGCGGUAGCCCCAGGAGGCCAUUUGUCUCCACCAUGAGCUUCCCUCCAGAGUUUGUGGGUACUCCGUCCUUAGAGGGUUUUUUUAAGAAGGGAUGAAUGUGAAUUAAUGAAUGAGCUGGAAGGGACCUUAGAGGUCUUCUAGUCCAGCCCCCUGCUCAAGCAAGGGAACCUAUACCAUUUCAGAUAGAUGACUGUCUAGACCAGGGGUCUCCAACCUUGGUCCCUUUAAGACUU